UGAGCUUUCAAGAAUUAUUCACCUUUCUCUCUGCAUUGCAAGCAACAUCUCAUCAGUCAUGGCGGCCGCAACGUUCGUUAGAGCUCCUCUGUGCCGGGCCCCAGUUGCAUGCCUUGCCAGCUCUUCAAAUGCCGACGUCUCGGCGAGGAGUUCCUGCGUGGCUGCAUUCAGCUUUGGAUCCCCAAAGAGCGCAAGGAUCACCAGAAGGCAGGCAAGUCGUGCGCUGAGCAGCAGCCUUUGGGGCCAACGCGCCGCGUCAAGAUCUAGUCCAUUUUGCAAAGAGACGGGCAAGGGAGCUAGCCUGAGGAAAAGGCAGUCUGGUGCCAGUGGUGGUGCUCUUCAAGCUCAAGCUGUGUCACAGGAAACUGCGUCUAUCUGGACAGCUGUGUAUGGCCUCCUGCUCCUGGGAGGGGGGACCUCUGCAUACCUGAAAAGCGGGAGCAAGCAGUCUGUGAUCAGUGGCGCUUUGGGGGCAGCUCUUUCAGCAAUGGCGUACUACCUCGAAAGUCAAGAGAGCACUCACCAGACGGGGUUGGCGGUCGCGUUUGGCUAUUCCAUCCUCUUCGCCUCCGUUUUCGGAAUCCGCCUGUUUGCUACCAAGAAGGCCUUCCCUGCUGCUCCACUGUUGGCACUCAGCCUCGCAUCCGCGUUCGUCUUUGCCUCAGCCUAUUCGGCUUGAGCGUCGACAGAGUUGUCCCAGUAGUAGCUAGUGAAGCUUCAAAUAAGGUGAGAGGCGUCAGUUGCAUUGGGGCAUCUGGCAAGCCUCAAUUCCAGCAUCGCAAUCCGAUGCCAAACAAGAACGUGGAUUGAGCGAUGCAGAUGCUCAUUUCUGGUCCAAGUAGUUGGAUUCUAUUUUUGUCAGAAUAACAAGAGUCUAGCUUACCAGUCAUAUAAAUAUCAACGUCUAGACGUCUGUAUGAACGCCCAUACUCAGACGAGGUGAAACCAGACAACUUUUUUGCAUAUUGACAUACUGUCUUUGCUGAAAGAGAUCCCACAAUCUACGAUUCAGAUGAAGAGCGUCGCGUAUGUUAUGGGGCAACGCCACCAUAGCAUAGGCUGAUGUAAGUAGACGCAGAUCUGCAGUCAAUCUCCCGAUCGAGUAAAGCCCUGAAGUCACAACUUAGCUUCAAAGUUAGGCGAAGUCUAUUUUGGUUCCAGGGCACAAAUGCAUGGGCUUCUUGACGCAAAAACGCAUGGUCUCCUUCACAAUUGACAAUCUGCUUCAAGGCAUGGUGACC